GGCGCCGCGUUUAAAACACGCUGUGACUGUGACACACUCCUCUCGGACCGUCCGCGGACAAACACUUCUUUUAGUUAUGGAGGCCGCACCGCCCGUUAACAACGCGGACGCAGUGAUGGGAGACGUCAAAGACGACACAGCACCCACAGCUGUUUGUUCGCGCUGGGGGCUUCAUCUAAGCAACGUUUUACCGCCAAACUACCGUGACGAGCUGGCGCAAGUUUUGAAAAUCGCUGUACCAGUGAUCCUUUCCCAGGUCAUGGCUUACAUGAUCACAACUGUCAGCAUGAUUUUCUGUGGCCACUUGGGGACAAAUGAAUUUGCAGGCGUGUCAUUGGCCAUUGCGGUGCUCAACGUGAUGGCUAUUUCUGUUGGCAUUGGAUUGUCCCUAACUUGUGAUACACUCGUGUCUCAGACGUAUGGCAGCGGUAACUUGAAGCGAGUGGGUGUGAUUCUGCAGAGGGGGGUUCUGAUUCUGCUCCUGGCCUGUUUUCCCUGCUGGGCCGUCCUCAUCAACACUGAACCCCUGUUACUGGCUGUCAGACAGAAUCCAGAGGUCGCCAGGGUUUCCCAGCUGUAUGUGAAGAUCUUCAUGCCCGCUCUGCCGGCCGCUUUCCUUUACCAGCUGCAAGGAAAGUACCUUCAAAAUCAGGGAAUUGUCUGGCCUCCGGUCAUAACUGGAGCUAUUGGAAACGUCCUAAAUAUUAUCAUCAACUACAUCUUCCUCUUUCCUCUGGAUAUGGGUGUUGCUGGAUCUGCAGCAGCUAACGUCAUCUCUCGGUACGUGCUGGCCGUGGCCUUAUUCAUUUACAUCUACAGCAGGGGGCUUCACAAGGCCACAUGGGGAGGCUGGUCACUGGACUGUCUGCAGGAAUGGGGAACCUUUGUCAAACUGGCCGUUCCCUGUCUGCUCAUGAUGUGUCUGAAGUGGUGGCUGCUUGAAGUGGCAGCAUUCCUGGCUGGUAUCAUUAGUGAGGCUGAGCUGGGCGCUCACGCCAUAAUAUAUCAGCUGAAUAUGAUCGCUUUCAUGUUCCCACUAGGCUUCACUGCAGCUGCAGGUCAAAGAGUUGGAACGGCUCUUGGUUCAGGAAAUGUAGCACAGGCUAAGCUCUCAUGCAAAGUCUCCACCAUCUGUGCAUUUAUACUUUGUAGCAUUGUGGGAAUUGUGUUCACCUUGGCUAGACAUGAGAUUGGAUGCAUCUUCACCAAAGCGCAGAACAUCGUUCUGAGGGUUUCUGAAGUCAUGGUUACAUUUUUCUUCAUGCACGUAGCUGAUGGGACUGCGGUUGUAAUUGGAGGCGUCCUCAGAGGAACAGGGAAACAGUUUGUUGGUGCUCUGUGUAACUUGGUGGGAUACUACUUCAUUGGUUUUCCCAUCGGUGUGUCUCUCAUGUUCGCAAAGAAAAUGGGGAUUUUGGGACUAUGGAUAGGACUCACAAUUUGUGCAAUUCUGCAGUUGGUUUUCUUUAUUGCAUAUUUGUUCAAACUCAACUGGAUAAAAGCCGCAGAAGAGGCUCUCGUGAGGGCAGGAGUCAGAGUACACGCAAAUGAGACGGUACAGAUGGACAAUAUGGGCUCCAGUCAGACACCGGACCAGAGCAGUGCUGCUCCACCCCAAGGUGACAAUGCUCAAGAGGGUCAGGCGCAACCAGAGCUGCCUAUGCCACCAAAUCCAGGCCAGACUGUAUCUACAACCACCACAGUGGGAGCUGAUAAUCCAGACCAGACUGUAUCUACAACCACCACAGUGGGAGCUGAUAAUCCAGACCAGACUGUAUCCACAACCACCACAGUGGGAGUGGUUCUCCCAGUGAAGCAGCUCAUUCUACGACGUGGUCUGACGUUGCUGCUUAUGGUUGGAAUCCUUGUUGCUGGAGUCCUACUCAGCGACUUCUUAACCCACCUGCAGAAGUGAGUCUUCAAUGCAGGUUUAUUUUAAAGAUUACAUUUACAUAUCUUAAUAUAAGUUUUAACAGUAGGUGAUCUGUUCACAUUGAUCCCACUGACAUUAGUUUAAGUCUGAUAUUUUAGAAAGAUAAAAAGAGCAAAUGAGUUUUUUUGACUCUGCAGGCAGUACAAGAGUAGAAGAGUAAGAGUGCUACAGUGUUGUACUGUGAGACUUGAUGUAGUACCAUACUGUUUUUUGUUUUUAAAUCUCUUUAGGAGUUUGUUCUUACAACUAGAGGUGGUUUUAUUUAGUUUUGAUGCAGAGAUGACUGCUCCAGUCAGAGCAGUCCAUGUCUAAUAUCACUGCAAUCUAUUGCCUAAACCUAGAUUUAUUUUUAUUUUUUUUGUUCUUUUAAAAAAACAAUUUUUAUGUCAUUGAAAAUGUUGUUGAACUGAGGUUGUUGUUUCAAUGCAAACAUUUAAUAAAAGUGUUUCCAUCACUUUGA